AUGGCGCGCGACAUCGUUGUCCUUGCUAACUUGGCGCUCGAGGCAGCGAUUGCGGAGCUGACCUCUACAACCUGUGCAGUGUCGUACAACACCGACAUGUGGACAGGCCCGAAUGGCAAGGUGUACAUGGUGCUGAUAGGUCACUGCGUGUUGGAGGAGUGGGAGUUGCGCCUGGUGAUUCUCGCCUUCGUCGAGAUGCCUGACGGGCAUGGGGGGAAGGAUAUCGCCAAGGCGGUGGAGAAGUUGACGUGUUGCCUCAGUCUCACGACCGACAAUGCGUCUGCAAACAUUGUCGCUCUUCGACACCUGGCGGAGGAGGGUGACUUAUCGCAGUACUUCAGCGAGAUGGCGCACUUCAUGUGCCUGUCGCACAUCGUGAACCUGGCAGUGCAGUCUGGGCUGGGUGUCGAGUCGGUGCAGGGGCCCAUGAAGAAGGUGCGGGCCAUUGCGUCGUGGGUGGGCAUGUUGCCCAAGCGAGGAGCCGUCUUCAUUGCGCUGUAG